UCCCGGCCGGCUCGAGGCUCCGCGCCUGGAGGCGGUGGCCGGGCCGAUUUCCACCCCGGCCAGCCGGGGGCUUCUCCGACGGUGCCCGGCCCGGCGAGGGGCCGGAGAAGGAGGGCGAGGAGGAAGGACAGGCCCGCGGAGACCCGGCCAUGGCGCUCGACUUCCUGGCUGGAUGCGCCGGGGGUGUGGCAGGCGUGCUGGUGGGACACCCGUUUGACACUGUCAAGGUGCGGCUGCAGGUCCAGAGCCCAGAGAAGCCCCAGUACCGGGGGACCCUGCACUGCUUCCAGUCCAUCAUCAGGCAGGAGAGCGUGCUGGGCCUGUACAAGGGCCUGGGGUCCCCGCUCAUGGGGCUCACCUUCAUCAAUGCGCUGGUGUUCGGCGUCCAGGGCAACACCCUGCGGGCACUGGGCCGCGACUCGCCGCUGAACCAGUUCCUGGCGGGGGCGGCGGCGGGGGCCAUCCAGUGCGUCAUCUGCUGCCCCAUGGAGCUGGCCAAGACGCGGCUGCAGCUGCAGGACGCCGGCCCGGCGCGCACCUACCGGGGCUCGCUGCACUGCCUGGCGCAGAUCUACCGGCAGGAGGGCCUGCGCGGCGUCCACCGGGGCAUGGUGUCCACCCUGCUGCGCGAGACGCCCAGCUUCGGCGUCUACUUCCUGUCCUACGACGUGCUGACCCGCGCGCUGGGCUGCGAGCCGGGCGACCGGCUACUGGUGCCCAAGCUGCUGCUGGCUGGCGGCACGUCCGGCAUCCUGUCCUGGCUCUCCACCUACCCCGUGGACGUGGUCAAGUCGCGGCUGCAGGCCGACGGGCUGCGGGGCGCCCCUCGCUACCGGGGCGUCCUGGACUGCGCGCGCCAGAGCUACCGGGCCGAGGGCUGGCGCGUCUUCACCCGCGGGCUGGCCUCCACGCUGCUGCGUGCCUUCCCGGUCAACGCUGCCACCUUCGCCACCGUCACCGUGGUGCUUUCCUACGCCCGCGGCGAGGAGCGGCCUGAGGACGAGGCGGUGCCCGCUGCCGGCCCCGCCCUGGCCCAGCCCUCCAGCCUGUGAGCCCCGGCUGCACGGGGGCAGGGGCCCCGGGGCCCGGCCCGAGCGCCCCCGUCCUCCGCUGAGACAGGGCUCGUCACACCCUCUCCGCACACCUGCUGCCAGAGGCGGGGCCGUGCAGUGCCCAGCCUGGUGCCUGGAAUCUUCCAGAAACCCACCAAACACUCCAGCCCAUCCUGGGCUUCUGGCCACCACCUCCAGGGUGUCUCUGGUGCCCCCAGCUGCCCGCAUGGAGACUCACUCCCCAGACCUACCUGGAUGCGCCCGGAGAGGCAGCCCGGGGCCUCCGGGGUCAACCGAAUCCUGCGCCCGCCUGCCUGCGCCCGCCUGCCCACACGCUCCUCCAGGUGGCAGGGACCGGGGCGCAGCCGCCACUCCCUGAGAGGGCGACAUGGUGGCCAAAAAGCCCCCAGGCCUCGAGCUGCCCAUCUGUGAAACAGGGACGUGGGUCGCCUGGUCAGGGUUCCCCAGGGUGUGCAGAGGGUGGACGAGCCUGGGGAGGGGCCACCAGCAGACGGCAUCUCUCCUGGACAGAAGCCCCAGUGCCCGUGUCCCAGGAGGCCGCUGUGUGGGCUGGCUGUUUGGGUCCCUCUGUGCUAAGAGGGUGCUGAGCCCACACUCCAGGGGCGGUACAGGAAGUCCGGUCCUGGCCCCAGUCGCAGCCCGCACGGCGCAGCCAUGCUGCUUUUGCACAGGCGAGUCGGGUCACGCGGCCACCUGCCCCGUGUGGCGCCACUGCGGAGAUGACCGCGGGAAUAAAGUGUUGGAUUUUU